AUGCCUGCACCGACUGCUCUGCAAAGAGCGCCCGAGGACCUUGCGAUCGAGGAGACGACACAUGAUGCCCCACAAUCAGCCGUUGAAGAGGAGGUUCUGCUCACAGCCACCACCUCGGAACAGCCAGAGGGUGCCGAUGUAGUCACAGAUAUGGAAGUGGACGGCGGAGACGGCGCACUUUUCGCGCCAGAGACAGUGUCCAACACAGCACACAGAGUGGAGGAACGCAAAGUGCGAGUACCACCACAUCGCAUGUCACCUCUGAAAGCGAGCUGGCCAAAGAUCUACCCACCACUCGUCGAGCACCUCAAGCUGCAAGUCCGCAUGAACAUCGCCAAGAAGGCCGUCGAACUCCGGACUUCGCCUCUCACCACCGACACUGGAGCUAUUCAGAAGGGCGCAGACUUCAUCCAGGCGUUCUGCCUCGGCUUCGAUCUAGACGAUGCGAUCGCGUUGCUGAGAUUGGACGACCUGUACAUCCAGAGUUUCGAGGUGAAGGACGUGAAGAGGCUGGAGGGAGAGCAUUUGGGAAGAGCUGUUGGACGUAUCGCAGGCAGGGACGGAAAGACAAAGUUCGCGAUCGAGAACGCAAGCAGGACGAGAAUUGUGCUCGCAGAUCAGAAGGUGCACAUUCUUGGUGGUUUCAAGAACAUUCACGUGGCGAGAGAAGCUGUUGUCAGCUUAAUCCUGGGAUCUCCGCCGGGCAAGGUUUAUGGCAACCUGAGGACUGUUGCUGGUAGGAUGAAGGAGAGGUUCUAG